GUUGAGUACAUAGACAGACAACAGAGAAAGAGAGAGAAACCGCCACAGCUAUCCCAUGAAAUGCUUCCAUUUGUUUUUCACCAUUAAUUUUCACUGCUAUUGUCAUGUGCAAGUUUUCUUUCUUCUUCCUUAAUAAACCCUAUUUUAUUAUUCAAUCCCAUCCCCCAUACCCUUUCACAAUGAGAAAUAGAGAGAGAGAACUAAUUAGGGUUACAGUCUUUAUUUGAAAUCAACAAAUUAUAUAACCAGCACAUACAAUACGACCAAAUCUCGAUACUCCUCUCUCUUCUAUAUUUGUGUCCCCUUCAUUCUUUCUCUCUCUACUUAGCUCGUUUCCUGAAGAACACAAACAAAGAAGAAGAUCUCAUCUAGAACCAUUUAAUAUAAUUAAAUGGACUCUUCCAAUGAAGAUCAAAGCUGGCUAGGUUUAUUCUCUCUCUCAAACCAUCACCAGUAUCUCACACUACCCUUCAAUUCUGAACAAGAUAUCAAUGGAGUACUCUCUACUCCCUCCCCACUACUGGCUCCCUCUGCCGCCGACCAAGCCCAGAAUCUACUUGGUGCCGGAAAUUCCACCGGCGACAUGCAGUUCAGCAACCGUCAAAGCCAGGUUAAUGAAUCUGAACUAAAAUCAAUUGCAGCGAGAUUCUUACUCGAGUUCUCUGGCCGACAAGAUGAAACCCAUGUCGGAACCGGAGCUGUUGCUGCUCCGACCAUGUCGGAGCCGGCGAUGACAAAGAAGAACAGUAGUAAUAGUGUGGAAAGUUUUGGGCAACGGACAUCUAUUUACAGAGGAGUGACAAGACAUAGAUGGACUGGGAGAUAUGAAGCUCAUCUAUGGGAUAACACUAGUAGAAGAGAAGGGCAAAGUCGGAAAGGAAGACAAGUAUACUUGGGUGGGUAUGAUAAAGAGGAGAAAGCAGCUAAAGCUUAUGAUAUCGCUGCCCUCAAGUAUUGGGGCAUCACCACCACUACCAAUUUUCCGAUGUCGGAUUAUGAAAAGGAAGUGCAAGAAAUGAAACAAAUGACAAGACAGGAGCUUGUAGCCUCUCUCCGAAGGAAAAGCAGUGGAUUCUCAAGGGGAGCUUCAAUGUACCGAGGAGUGACUAGGCAUCACCAACAUGGGCGUUGGCAAGCAAGAAUUGGAAGAGUUGCCGGAAACAAAGACCUUUAUCUUGGCACCUUUAGCACACAAGAAGAAGCUGCCGAGGCCUAUGACAUCGCGGCCAUAAAAUUCCGUGGACUAAAUGCGGUUACAAACUUCGAUAUCAAUCGCUACGAUAUCAACUCAAUUUCUGUCGGAAAAUCCAAACUCGUGGAUGAUCAUGAAGUGGACAACAGGAAGACAACAUUAGUCAAACAACAACAAGAUCAUCAUGGUCCGGAAGAUACAUAUUAUUGGUCAUCUUUGCUUGGGUUCAAUGACAUUACCAAGAAUGGACUUACACUUAAUCCAACAAUCUCACCCAAUGCCCAAUUUGUUCAACAAACCACCAAUUCAUUCAACUUGGACUUCAUGGGCAGCGGAGGAGUUCAAGGGAGGGGUAAUAUUAAUAAUGAUGAUCAUAUUAAUAAUGGGUGUAUCAUGAAUUCAAUUAUACCUGUUGCCACGCCUAUUGGGUUUUCUUUGAGUCAUUCUUGUGGGAAUUACUGGCCUCCGCAGCCCCCGCAGUUGCAACCGCAAGGGACAACGAUGGCGAUUAAUAAUACAUUUCAGUCGACAUUGCCGGUAAAGCCAAAUCUAUCAUUUUUACAGUCGACAGUGCCCAUUUUUGGAGUGGAAUGAAAUAAUGAUAUAAUGCAUGCAUAUGUUAUGCAAUCUGGCUAGCUAGAGAUCAAGAUAGAGACUGGUCUAAAAAUUUGGCUUAUUAUAGAGCUAGCUAUAAUAGUUUACUUCAUUUCUCAUCACUUUUAUUUUCUAUUACCAAUAUUAUUUUUUUUGUAUUUGUUUUAUUUUAUGUUACCAAUAUAACAAUGAUAUAUUCAUA